AGUCAGUCAGUUCAAUUGGUCGAAUACACCACCAAACAGCAAGACAGUGUGUACAGCAAAAAUGUGGUUUUAUUUUGUGUUGAUUAUCGCAUCGCUAGCCAUUUAUUGGCUGCGUAGUCGCUAUUCCUAUUGGCAGAAGCGUGGUGUGCCCAACCUGCCGGCAUAUUUUCCCUUCGGUAACCUCCAAGGAAUCCUCGGACAGCAUAUGAGUGCGCUGACGAAACAAUCAUACGAGAAGCUUAAAAGUCCCGGCCGAAAGCUGGCGGGGAUAUAUUUCUUCACUAAUCCGGUUGCCAUGGUGUUGGAUCUUGAAUUUGUAAAGGACGUUUUGAUUAAGGAUUUUCAGUACUUUCACGAUCGUGGACUAUAUUUCAACGAAAAGGAUGAUCCCUUGAUGGCGCAUUUGCUGACGCUGGAGGGUAACAAGUGGAAGAUUUUGCGCAAUAAACUUGCUCCGACGUUCACUUCUGGAAAGAUGAAAAUGAUGUUUCCCGUGAUUACCGCGGUUGCCGAGCGAUUCCAGCAAUCACUGGGAGCUGUGGUUGCCACCGGACAGGAUAUCGAAAUAAAAGAUUUUUUGGCCCGAUUUACGACGGACGUCAUCGGAACUUGUGCAUUCGGAUUGGAGUGUAAUAGCUUGGCAGAUCCCAAAGCGAAAUUUCGUGAAAUGGGUCGAAGCAUAUUUCGGCAAAGUCCGGUUCUUUUGAUGAAAAUGUUGUUUGGGCUGAUGUUUAGGGAUUUAGCUAGAAAGAUGCACAUGCGCGUCAUCAGAAAGGAUGUCGGUGAUUUCUUCAUGAACGCAGUAAGAGAAACUGUUGAUCAUAGGGAGAAGAAUAAUGUGGUGAGAAAUGAUUUUAUGGAUCUGUUAAUCAAGCUUAAAAAUGCGGAACCUAUCGAGGAAGGAAAUACUAAUCAGCUGAAUCAGUUAACGUUUAAUGAAAUAGCGGCACAAGCAUUCAUGUUCUUUGUCGCGGGCUUCGAAACUUCGUCCACAGCAAUGACUUUUUGUUUAUACGAGUUGGCGCGAAAUCAAGAACUUCAGGAUAAGGCGAGAAAGAGUGUACUGGAUGCAGUUAAGGUUCAUGGAUCCAUGACCUAUGAAGCUAUUUACGAUAUGAAAUAUGUCGAAAAUUGUAUCAAUGAAUCCCUUCGCAAGUAUCCCCCGAUCGCAAAUAAUCUUCGAAGCGUCACCAACAACUACAAGGUACCCGAAACCGACAUAGUGCUAGAGAAAGGAUGUCGUGUAAUAAUACCCAUUUACGCGAUCCAUCAUGAUCCUGAGUAUUAUCCGGACCCGGAAAAGUACGAUCCGGAUCGGUUUGAUCCGGAUCAAGUCGCUCAACGGCACCAAAUGGCAUUCAUUCCGUUCGGCGAUGGACCUCGUAUCUGCAUCGGGAUGCGGUUUGGAAUGAUGCAAGCCCUGGUAGGCAUGGCAUGCUUGUUGCAGAAUUUCCGAUUCGAAUUGGCUGCCCGCACAACCGUACCACUGGUGAUUGAUCCGUCUAAUUUUAUUAUGGGUCCAAAAGAAGGGGUGUGGUUGCAUUUUGAGAAGAUUUAGUUCGUUGAAAAACGUGGUAGGUAAUGAAAUGAAGAACGUAACAUCGGCUGUCAAGUUUCCGGUUAAAUCGAAGCUUGGAAAAGAAUUGUUCGAAAGUUAUUUUGAUAUUAAUAUCAUUGAUGACAGACCUUUUUAGGCCAAGCAUUUUUUUUAA